AUGGAAAAAGAAGAAUGCAAUGAUGGAAGAAGCGAAGGGGACGAUAGAGAGGGGGGAAAAGGUGACACUACGACUACAAAUACAGAGUUGGUGGAUUUACCUGAAGUUGAGCCUGUAGAUAUCACUUCUAACGAUGAUCUGGACAAUUCUGCCGACCUAUGUCCCAUCUGUCUUGACUCACUUCCAGAUCCUGGUCAGAACAUUUCCCGAGAGACGAGAAAUACUCAAUAUUUGGCUAGAAUAAAGCCCUGCUGUCAUCUAUACCACGAUUUCUGUAUCCAGGCGUGGGCCGAGAAGGCAAAUACCUGCCCUCAAUGUCGAGGAAGAUUCAAUACAAUCGAGAUUGUGGCUGAUCAUCACUUGAUACGUCAAAUUCAUAUUGAUGACAAACUUUAUCCGUUGGAGAUCGAUGAGUCCAUACCGCCAGAGUUCGUUGACGAGACACAGACUGAGGGGUCUGAGUUAACGUUACCAGAUUUUCAUCAUCAGCACUUACAAAAUCAACUUUGCUGCCUCUGCGAUACUUCAAAUGAUACGGCCUUUGCCAUUUGUACGGAAUGUUCGUCUGGUUAUCAUCUUUCAUGCAUCAAUAUCACCGAUUUCUCCAGCUUCAACUGUCCUAUUUGUGAUUCUCUUCAAAAUAGUGACUCGAUAGUGGGGAACCGUGCAGGUAGAAGAGCCAUGAGAGAUGCAAGGGCUAGUAGACGCGCCAGUUCAUCGGGUUUUAUGCAGGAACUUCGUGCUCAAAUUCAACAUAAUAGAUACCAUCAGCUGGGUAUAGCGGUUCCGGGUAGUGUAAGAAGACGAAUUUCUCGGCAGAGGGCUCUGCCUUUAAAUCUCGAUGACGAUAAUAUUGAUUACGUUUCGUUAGUGAACCAUAAUAAAGAACAAGAACGAAAGAUGAAGGAGGAAAAGCAGCCUCAUGAUCUCGUCAACGUUGAUAAUAGUGAGGAGAACAUGGCUUGGAGGAUAUUAGACAAGCUACAGAGCGGACCUGAACCCAGGGAAAGUCCCAGUAGGAAUGGUACGGUUCCUACGCUGGAGAAGAAAUAUAAGAGGCCAAAACACAAGCAGAGAAAGGAAGUAAACUCACUUUAUGAUGGCAGUUCACGACCUCCCUCACUUUCGAGUUCAUCGACAUCUACAAGACUCACAGAAGCCGCAUUACAAAUACACGAUAGGAAGACUAUAAAGCCAUCUUAUCAUCAUCAACGCUCGGAUCUGAAUCUCAGCUAUAACCAAAAGUUAAUCGUUCAAAGGCUUUUUCUCAAACCUGUACUGAAGAAUCUCCAUCUUAGCCCCCAGGGAUAUACGCAUGCAAAUAAAGCGGUGUCCAGGAAACUUUAUAGGGAGAUCAAGACAAGGCCAGAUAUGAUGUACUGGCUUCACAGCGUUGAGGAAAUGGCAGAAAGAGACGGUAUUGAUAUGCGAAACAAGACCGAAGUUGAUGCGAUGCUUAGACGCAACAAUAGCCAUCUGGCUCUCAGAAAAGACCUUGAUCCAUUGGUGAGCAGACUUCUUCGAGAAGAGCUACUACUGCUGAAUGAUAAGGGACAUUAA